CCAGGAAAGAGGGGUGGGGGUAGACUGGCUGCAGUUCCUUUCUGCUUUUAAUCCCACUGGAAUCUCUAUGGAUUCAUGUUAAGCAGGAUACUGCAAGGAUCCAUUGGCCACUUGCUGCUUUGCAUUGUCCUCCCAUGGCCGGGGGAGCCCUGACCUGCUCGGAGGAACCCGGCCUCUGAUUCUUCUUCUUCCCUGACUUGCUGGAGGGACCUCAGGGGGCAGCAUGGAAUCCCUGCCGCUUCUCAAUGGGUUCGCUCCAUGUGGGCAAAGUGAAGCCGAGCUCACCCAUCUGUGCCGGAGUUUGGAGGUGGGCACCGUCAUGACCCUCUUCUACUCCAAGAAGUCCCAGAAGCCGGAGAGGAGGACUUUCCAGGUGAAGCUGGAGACCAGGCAGGUGACAUGGAGCAGAGUGGCGGAUAAAGUGGAAGGGGCAGUGGAUAUUCGGGAAAUUAAGGAGAUUCGACCUAGCAAGAACUCCAGAGAUUUCGACCGGUACCAGGAGGACCCAACGGUGCGGUUGGAGCAGGCUCAUUGCUUCGUUAUAUUGUACGGAACAGAGUUCAGACUGAAGACCUUGAGCCUACAAGCCACCUCCGAGGAGGAAGUAAACAUGUGGAUUAAAGGGUUAAACUGGCUGCUUCAGGAUACACUGCAGGCGCCUACUCCUCUGCAGAUUGAGAGGUGGCUCCGGAAGCAGUUCUACACAUUGGACCGCAACAGGGAAGACAAGAUUUCUGUCAAAGACCUAAAGAAUAUGCUGUCCCAGGUUAAUUACAGGGUCCCCAAUAUGAGGUUCCUGCGUGACCGACUAAUGGAACUGGAACAAAGAAGCCGAGAGAUUAACUAUGCCCAGUUUGCCAUACUCUACCGAUCCCUUAUGUAUGAUGCACAGAAAACGAUCCCAAUUCCCUUUACAGAGAGGUUUGGUGAGCGUGAAAGGACCAAAGUAUCCCUAGAGGACUUCCAAAAGUUCUUGCUGGAUUAUCAAAAGGAGAUGUGGGCAACUGAUCUGCACAAAGUGCGGGAGUUCAUGUUCCACUUCCUGCAUGACCCUUUGAGGGAGAUCGAAGAGCCAUAUUUCACUCUGGAAGAGUUUGUAUCUUUCCUGUUCUCUAAGGAGAAUACAGUGUGGGAUUCAGAACUGGACACAGUGUGUCCCCAAAAUAUGGACAACCCUUUGUCUCAUUACUGGAUAUCCUCUUCCCACAACACGUACCUAACAGGGGAUCAGUUCUCCAGUGAAUCUUCAUUGGAAGCCUACGCUCGCUGCCUGCGCAUGGGCUGUCGCUGCAUAGAAUUGGACUGCUGGGAUGGGCCAGAUGGAAUGCCAGUUAUUUACCAUGGGCAUACGCUGACCACCAAAAUAAAGUUCUCCGAAGUCUUAACCACCAUCAAGGAACAUGCUUUUGUCACAUCAGAAUACCCAGUUAUCUUAUCAAUUGAAGACCACUGCAGCAUUGCACAACAAAGAAAUAUGGCUCAGCACUUUAAGAAGGUUUUUGGGGACAUGCUCCUGACCAAGCCCGUGGAUGUCAACGCUGAUGGCCUUCCCUCUCCCAACCAACUGAAACGGAAAAUCCUCAUCAAGCACAAGAAGCUGGCAGAAGGGAGCACUUAUGAAGAGAUACCGGCCUCCACUGUCUACUCGGAAAAUGACAUCAGCAACUCCAUCAAGAAUGGAAUUUUGUACCUGCAAGAUCCCAUCAAUCACGAGUGGUACCCACAUUUCUUUGUCCUCACCAGCAGCAAGAUCUAUUAUUCAGAGGAGACCACCGGCAGCCAGGCUAACGAUGACGAGGAGGAACAGAAGGAGGCCAGUAACAGCUCAGAGCUGCACUCUGCUGAAAAGUGGUUCCACGGGAAGCUGGGUGCAGGAAGGGAUGGACGGCACAUUGCAGAACGGCUGCUGACAGAUUACUGUAUUGAAACUGGGGCUCCAGAUGGCUCCUUUCUGGUGCGGGAGAGUGAGACAUUUGUGGGGGAUUACACACUCUCCUUCUGGAGAAAUGGAAAAGUUCAGCACUGUAGGAUACACUCCAGGCAAGAAGCUGGUAGUCCGAAAUUCUUCCUGACAGAUAAUCUGGUGUUUGAGAGUCUGUAUGCUCUGAUUACUCACUACCAGCAAAUGCCCCUGAGGUGCAACGAGUUUGAGAUGAGACUGACAGAGCCGGUUCCACAGACUAAUGCCCACGAGAGCAAGGAGUGGUAUCAUGCCAGCCUUACCCGGGGGCAAGCAGAACACAUGUUGAUGAGAGUUCCCCGAGACGGAGCCUUCUUGGUGCGCAAGAGGAGUGAACAGAACUCAUAUGCCAUCUCCUUCAGAGCCGAGGGGAAGAUCAAACACUGCCGGGUAAUACAGGAAGGUCAAAGCGUUGUCCUUGGAAGCUCAGAGUUCGACAGCCUGGUGGAUUUAAUAAGUUACUAUGAGAAGCACCCUCUGUAUCGGAAGAUGAAGCUGCGUUACCCCAUUAAUGAAGAAACGCUUGAAAAGAUCGGCACCCCUGAUCCAGAUUAUGGUGCUUUAUACGAGGGAAGGAAUCCUGGUUUCUAUGUGGAGGCCAAUCCAAUGCCUACAUUUAAGUGCUCUGUCAGGGCCUUGUUUGAUUAUAAGGCUCAACGUGAGGAUGAAUUGACUUUCACCAAGAAUACAAUCAUCCAGAACGUAGAGAAGCAAGAGGGAGGAUGGUGGCGAGGCGACUGCGGGGGUAAAAAGCAGAUGUGGUUCCCUGCCAACUACGUGGAAGAGAUAUUUAGUCCAGCUGAGCCUGAGCCUGAGAGACAGCAUCUGGAUGAGAACAGUCCUCUAGGAGAUCUUCUGGGUGGAGUUUUGGAUGUGCCGUCCUGUCACAUUGUUCCUCGACCAGAUGUCUUUAAUGGUCGACCCUUUGUAUUCACCAUUACCGGGCCUCAGUUGAAUCGAUAUCCACUUGACGUUGCUGCGGACACAAUGGAAGACAUGCAAGACUGGAUAAGAAAAAUUCGGGAAGCCGCUCAGACUGCAGAUGCACGGCUCACGGAAGGCAAAAUCAUGGAGCGCAGGAAGAAGAUUGCCCUGGAACUCUCAGAACUUGUCAUCUACUGCCGGCCAGUUCCCUUUGACGAAGAGAAGAUUGGCACUGAGAAGGCCUGUUACCGUGACAUGUCCUCCUUCCCUGAGACCAAAGCAGAAAAGUAUGUCAACAAGUUGAAAGGGAAGAAAUUUCUACAGUACAACCGGCGGCAGCUAUCUCGUAUCUAUCCCAAAGGACAACGUCUUGAUUCAUCAAACUAUGAUCCCCUGCCAAUGUGGAUCUGUGGCAGUCAACUUGUAGCGCUCAACUUCCAGACUCCAGACAAACCCAUGCAAAUGAACCAGGCUCUUUUCCACUCCGGGGGUCGUUGCGGUUAUGUUUUUCAGCCAAGUAGCAUGAGGGAUGAAAUGUUCGAUCCAUUUGACAAAGGCACCCUACGCCAGGAGACAAUAACCAUCAGCAUUGAGAUCCUAGGUGCCCGCCAUCUGCCCAAGAUUGGAAGGGGUAUUGUCUGCCCUUUUGUGGAGGUAGAAGUUUGUGGUACUGAAUAUGACAAUGCAAAGCAGAAGACAGAAUUUGUAGUGGAUAAUGGCUUGAAUCCCAUCUGGCCACAGAAAACCUUCCCCUUUGUCGUUGCUAACCCCGAGUUUGCUUUCCUACGGUUUGUGGUCUAUGAAGAGGACAUGUUUAGUGAUCAGAACUUCUUGGCCCAAGCCUCGUUUGUGGUCCGUGGCUUGAAAACAGGAUAUAGAGCCAUCCCACUCAAAAAUAAUUACACUGAGGAUCUGGAACUGGCAUCACUGCUCAUUAAGAUAGACAUCAAGACCGAGAACGGAGAACUUAAUGGAGCUUCUGCACCCAGGGAACGGAUCAGUGACCCUAUGUCUGGGCGCAUUUGGGAUGGGCCGACAGACACGCGAUAUCAUUCCAACCAUCUGGAUGAUUUCCGUGCCUCGCAAGAACAGUUGGCUGAACAAUUUGAAAGAGAAAGGAGAGUCCUCAGGAAAACGCGUCUAAGUGGGGAUAACCGGCUGUAGAGUACGAACUCAAGUACUUCUGACGGAUUAUUUGGGAAGAUCCAACCUUUGUUCCUCACGUGGCGGGGGACGUACAUGGGUUGGAGCACCAUGGUGACCUCUAUUUGAACACAUUGAAUUUAGAAUGCGUGCUUCCACAGUGACUUUGUGUGGGAACAUUUUGUUCAAAUAUCGCAAUCGUUUCCGGAAAGGGAACUAUUAACCUACAGCACAGACUCUAGAAAUAUAUAUAUAAUGCCUUGUAUAUUGGUAGGGCAACUAGCAAAGGCUGGGUUAUUCUCUACUAUCCAGCUUAAAAUGGACAGCCUCUUGCUUCUCUGUUUAGUAACCGUCUGCUAUCAAACUGUGAAAAGAGAGGAUGCAAAGACAUCUCAGAUUUUGUAAUCCAACCUUCGUCACCCUGACCUGAGAUUUCAACGCUACGUGACUUUAUAGGGACCGGAACAUUGAUCUUGACUUCUUUAUUUCUAUUUGCAACAUCAUUCCACGGAUCGAGCAUCUCGUCUUGCGUUCUUUUUUUAUUUUGUCGUCAUGUACCACAAACAAGCACAAGAACGGAUGAUUUGGGCCAAAUUGUGGCUCUCGUCAGGUGGGAAGUGAAAUGCCAUGGUGGCCUUCAAUUCAGUGUCACAAAAAUCCUUAAUGCACUUCAGUGGACUGUUUAUACGUUUUACUGCUCUGGAAUGAAACAAGUCUGCCAUGACAGUGAGAAGCCUACAGUGUCUGGUGAUUAAUGGCACCAAACUCAUUAAAACGCCAAUAAUUCAGAAACCUGGGAGGAGGAGGAGCCUGUUACAGUGGGCGCCAAGGUGCAGUUCCACUACGUCUUCAAUAUAUUUCCUAUUUAUGUGCAAUAUAUAAAGUCUGUUUUCAUUUUCUCAUUUUUUUUUUUUUUUUUUUUUAAAUAAACUAUAAUCCGACUGA